UACGUGACACGGACGAGAUACGGCCCAGCCCAAAAACAGCCAUGGCCCAAAACGAAACCCUAUUUUUGCAGGAAUCACACGCAGCUCUCCACACAACAACGAGGGACUCCCAGGUCCCAGUCUCUUCUGGAUCGAAGCCGCCACCUCCUGGAACGAAGCCGCCGCUGUCUGGAUUCGCCGCCGCCGCCGCCGGCGACGCUUGGAUCCGACCGGCCACCACACCCCCACACCAGAAGGCAGCAGUCUCUUCUCCUGACGGCAGAGCAUGUCAUCUGGGAGUGGCACAGCUGGGUUAUGUCUUCAACUCUUCUAAUCUUCUUUACUGUUCGAUGUGUUUUGCAAGAUGCAACUUGCAAUGACAUGGGGGGACAAGAAUCAAUCAAGCACUUGAUAAAAGAGACACAACCGAAUGGGGGCAGUAUCUCUAUUCUAAUCUUUUUCUCCUUUAUUUUCUGUAUUAACUCUAUAUUACAUGACAUAUUUUUAUUUUAUUUUAUAUAUGCUCACCGUAUCCCCGAAUGACUGUAUUUGGAAAAUGCCGUAUCCCGUAUCCCUGUAUGUGUAUCCCCAACUUUCCGUCCCCGUGUCCGUGCUUUUUAGCCUAUGGGUAACAAUGAAAGAAUACUACUGUUAUAAAUUCCAUACACGACCAGGCAUAUUCAACCCAAUUUUGCAUGGCGGACGCCUUUUCCAGCAGUUUGCCGUAGAUACAUACAACAAGAUUGAAAGCUCCAGACUGGAUUACAUCUGGCAUAAUCAAAAGAAAAUAAGGGCUGACCUAUACCAAGGCCUUCUAGACAGCAUUCAAGCUGGAGAACAGAAUGGAGAUGCUGUCGGAAAACAGAGAAUACUUGCCUCGUCAUUUAUUGGAAGACCACGAGAUAAACUUCGUCGAUAUCUCGACGCUAUGGCUUUAGUUAGAAAAUAUGGUAAGCCAGACGUAUUCCUAACAAUGACCUGCAACCCCAACUGGGAGGAGAUAACACAUGAACUAGAGAAUGGACAAACAGCACAAGAUCGCCCAGACAUUGUAGUUCGUGUUUUCAGGGCGAAGCUACAAGAAAUGAAGAAGGAACUAUUUGAGAAGGGCAUUCUUGGAAAGGUUCAGGCAUAUACAUAUGUCGUAGAGUUCCAAAAGAGGGGAUUACCCCAUGCUCACUUUUUGCUCAUCAUGACUCGAAAAUACAAGUACACAUGUCCAGAGCAGUAUGACAGAAUCAUAUCCGCAGAGCUCCCUAACAAGCACAAGUACCCAGAACUAUACAAGAUGGUAAUCAAACAUAUGAUGCAUGGUCCUUCCGGUGCAUUGAACAAAUUUUGUCCAUGCACAAAGAAUCGUCCAUCAUGCAAGAACAAUUAUGCAAGACCAUUUAACGAAACUACGAUUCAAGGCAAGGACUAUCCAAUAUAUAGGAGACACAACGACGGCCGGACUGAAACGGUCCGAAAUUGCAAACUAGAUAACAUGUGGGUAGUUCCUUACAAUCCCUAUCUGUUAAGGAUGUUCAACUGCCACAUAAAUGUUGAGAUAUGCUCAAGCAUUAAAGCCGUGAAAUACCUCUUCAAGUACAUCUACAAGGGUCAUGACCGAGCAUCCGUAUCCGUAACAGACAAAGUAGACGAGAAGAAAUCGACGAGAUUAAGCAGUACAGAGACGCCCACUGGGUGACACCUCCUGAAGUACUGUGGAGAAUAUAUGGCUUCGAACUAAGUAAAAUGCACCCACCAGUCUUGCAACUGCAGCUACAUAUCCCAAAUAUGCACAUGGUUUCAUAUCAUGGCAUGGAAAAAUUACAGAAUGUUAUCGACCGUGAAGACACGGAAAGAUCAAUGUUGACUGCGUACUUUGAAGCAAACAGAUGGUAUGCAAAAGCACGAGGCAUACUAUACAGAGAGUUUCUGGAACAUUAUACUUGGCAGAGUCAGGGGAAAUUUUGGCAACAGAGGAAGCGAGCCGCUGUGUUCCAGGUUGGCAGGAUCGUCUCAGCACACCCGGCUGAAGGAGAACGAUACUAUCUUCGAGUCCUCCUAAACCACGUGACAGGCGCCACCAGCUACAAAGACCUACGAACAGUCGAUGGACAAGUAAUGCCAACCUUUCGAGAAGCUGCAGAAAAAAGAGGUCUCAUUGAGGCAGAUAUCACAUUGGAUGACUGCAUGACAGAAGCGAAGUUGUUUCGGAUGCCAUCAUCGCUACGACGACUAUUUGCGACAAUCUUGGUUUUUUGCGAGCCCAGCGACAUACGCAGCCUCUGGAACAAACACCUUGAUGCAAUGUCAGAGGACUACAACAGAAAUUGCAAAUGCAAACACACAGUCGAACAGAUGGUUCUGAAAAAUAUAGAGACAUGUUGCACUCAAUGGGAAAAGACAUAGAAUCGUUUCCUCUUCCAGAGAUCGACGAACAGCAUGAGAUGACAGACGACAUACCGAGGGAGAUCAUUGAGGAAACAUCCAUCGAGGUGGAACCCGAGGACACAUCUUUGCAUAAGAACCUAAACAAGGAGCAGAAGGAGGCCUACGACGAAAUCCUAGCAAUAAUUGACGACCAAAGUGGAGGUAUAUUCUUUGUUGAUGGACCUGGAGGCACGGAAAAAACUUUUCUUUACAGGGCUCUCUUAGCCACAAUACGCAGACAAGGCAAGAUUGCUGUAGCGACAGCCACUUCCGGUGUUGCUGCUUCAAUAAUGCCCGGAGGGAGGACCGCGCACUCGAGGUUCAAGAUUCCACUAAAAAUAGACGAGGGGGCUGUUUGUGGAUUCACAAAACAGAGUGGGACAGCCAAACUACUGAAAGCAGCAUCACUAAUAAUCUGGGAUGAAGCAUCUAUGACCAAGAGGCAGACAGUGGAGGCGCUAGACAGAAGCAUGCGGGACAUAAUGGACAGGCCAGAACUUCCAUUCGGAGGAAAAACAGUCGUAUUUGGAGGGGAUUUUAGGCAAGUGCUACCUGUUGUCCGAAAGGGAACAAGAGCCCAGAUAGUAGAUUCAUCACUACGCAAGUCUGUCCUCUGGAAUUCAAUGCGUCAACUGAAGCUCGUGCGCAACAUGAGGGCUCAAAACGACCCAUGGUUCGCAGAAUACCUACUACGCAUUGGAAACGGAAUCGAGGAGACAAAUGAUGAUGGUGAAAUACAACUACCUACAAUUAUAUGUGUGCCAAAUAAGACGGAUGACAAUAGCCUUGAUAGACUCAUCGACAAUGUCUACAAAACGGAUAAUGCUUCCCUAAAAGAUCCAAAGUACAUCACGUCAAGAGCAAUUCUAUCAACAAGGAACGACUCCAUAGACAAAAUCAACCUAAAAAUGAUUGAUCGUUUCCAAGGGGAGGAGAUGAUGUACCACAGCUUCGAUUCGGUAGAAGACGACCCACAUAACUACUAUCCACCAGAAUUCCUAAACACUCUCACCCCAAAUGCACUGCCUCCACAUAUGUUGAAGCUCAAAUUGCCCAAUCAUACUACUCAGAAACAUCGACCCUGCUAAUGGACUAUGCAACGACACAAAGUUGGUCGUACGUGGAUUUCAAAAAAAUACAAUUGACGCGAAGAUUGUGGUGGGACAACACUCUGGAAUGCGAGUUUCCUGCCCAGGAUACCAUUAUGCCCCUCUGACAAUGACAUGUUUCCGUUCAGUUUCAAGAGGAAACAGUUUCCAGUCAAACUCAGUUUUGCAAUGACAGUAAAUAAAUUACAAGGCCAGACAAUACCAAAUGUCGGCAUCUACCUGCCUGAACCGGUUUCCUCACAUGGUCAACUAUAUGUCGCACUAUCUAGAGCAACCGCGACAUCAAACAUAAAGAUACUAACAGGUACACAUGAUGAGAGCAAGCAGAAGAACAAAAAGACCAGCAUAGACGACACAUACACAAAGGGAGAGAAGAAAAAGAGAAAGAAAAAAACCAGUACAAGCGGGACAUAUACAAAAAAUAUUGUCUACAAGGAAGUCCUAACCAAAUAGGUAAUACAACCUUUCAAUUUCUUCUUCAAAAUUUCAAUUACUACUUGAAAGGAUCGUCAUUUUAAAAAAAAUAAAGUGUUUAUAUUUCAAAUUACAUUCUUCAUUUUCUAACCUUAAACAUACUACUUGGAUUCUACAGAAACAUUGCAGCCAGAUGACAACUUCGCAGUUAGAAUUCAGAACUUCAUCGUCUUCAAGGAGACAAGACUCAUUUGUGUAUAUACAAACAAUUCAUGAUUUCAUUCUCGUGUACAAUGUCCUCAAGAACAAAAUCAUUCAAAGUUUUAUUAAUCAUGUGUCAACCAAACUCAUUGAUGGUUUUGCUACAACCAACACUUUACUUUCAAUUUAAUUUGUGAUUAUAUCCAACUCCCAAUGCUUAUAUAUGUGAUGUACAUAGACUGCUAACCCUGCUCAAACUGAAAUACAUCUAUUUGACAUUUAAAAACAACCAGAAAGAAUGAAUAUUCAUGCAAAAAGUACCACAAAGUAACAAAACAAAUCACAAAGUAACAAAAGGAGAACAGGAUCAGAUCAAAUUCUAUUUUUUAUGUGAUUCUAAAACGACCCUAAAGCUAACCUAGACUACUGAUAGUUAUUUCACAUAUUAAUUAUUAUCAAACAAAUAUUAAAACUAAAUCUAAUCACACGUGCUUAAGUUGGAUCAAUAUUAAUAGGGGUAGGGGGGCUAACACUGCCAAUGCCGGUCCCAAGCCCGGAAAAAAUUGGAGGGGCCAAAAACAAAUUAACACUGCACCUUAAGAUCCCACACAAAGCACGGGCUAGAAUUUUAUAUUAUACUGUCACUCUGGAUUGUUGUAUCAAUCAGACAGAUAUGAACUUACUCUGUGAAGACGAAGCUGAUGCUUUUUUUUGGUAUACUAACAUUGGUUUAAAAUUUGUUCAAACACUACUCGGUGUUAUUCAGAGCUAGAGCAUGAAAAGAAGUUAAUGUGCUUGACACAUGCAGACGGGCCUGAAGAAACUGGUGGAAGAGAAAUGUGUACCUGCUUGAGAUGUAUCCUCUUAGAAAUUACUAUUGGAUAGUAAACAUAAACUGGAACUGCACCAAGCAAUUGAUUUUGCCACAUUGAAGAAGAUGUUCAAAACAAAUUUGGAGCGGAGAGCCUGCAGAUUUGUACCAGAGACACUUGAACAAUCAAAGAGCAAGGUGAGAUUACAAAAUGUAAUUAAUUAAUCUUCAUUGCAAUCAGAGUGGGGAACAAAAGAGAGAAGAGGGGAAAUGACACGCAUUACCUUUGCAAUAUUGGAGGCGACGUCACGGAAGCAAGGGGGUCGAGGAUGGGUGUGAAGACCAGCUCCCCGUCGCCCUUCUCGAAGAAACCGAGGACGGGGGGCCUCCGGUGGUGGGCGACGAAGCGGUGGCUGAAGGAGGGGGCGGUGGCGACGCCUCCGCAUAGCUUGGAGACGAGGGAGGUGCGGAGGAGCGAGGAGGGCAGCGGGGGGACGCGGAGGAGGAUCUCCCCGAGGAGGUCCUCGUCGUCCAGCGGCGCGGCCGUCGGCGGGUGGCGGCGGCGGAGGGCUAUCUCAUCGCCGCCGGCCUCGUGGCUCAUCUGGAUGUGGAUGUGGGGCUCGACUGGAGGGAGACGCUUUUUUUUAGAAUACUGGAGCGAGACGCAUAGGAGGGGUGAGGAAUACACGGGCUGGCCUCACUUGAAAAGCUCACUGACCCUUGGAUUACGGCCCAACAAACAUAGAAGAUACGUACAAAAAAAACCUAUGCUUUUAACCCUAAAAACAAUUACCUAUGCUUGUUUUGAGGGUGAAAAAAAAGAUGCCUAUGUUUUUUUUGUGAGGGUUAAAAAGAUGUCUAUGCUGAUUCAUAAUGUUAGUGUUUCUCUAGAAUAACUGAUGUUGCAGUUUUCUCUCUAACUAUUUAGGAGGACGAGCUCUACAAAGAUCUCCAAGGAAGCCGGUGCUAUUAUCCAUCGAGAAACGAAACCGGCAGCACCACACCCUAGCGAAGGCGAGCCCCGGCAUCGGCCGGCGGCGUCGGUGGCGCUAGAGCCCUAGACGGGUCUGAUGCAUCUGUUUUUUUAAGACAAUACUACGUCUGGUGUUGUGGAAGUGAGUAGACGAAAAAGCAACAGGAAGUGCUCGUGGGCUGGAACGGCCAGAUGGAUUCAAUUAGGCCUUUACAUUUUGUCCAAUCACUAUUCUAACAGACCGGGAAGACCAAAGUGGGCCUAGCAAAUGUAAAUAUCGCAUCGAGCAACAUUUUUUCUUCUUCUUUUCGGAAGGGGCAAUUCCCCAUAUGCGGAUUU